UUUAGUUCAGUCCUCGUGAGUUUAAAAACCUGAUCGCUUGAGGGACAAAGCUGUUGCUGAGUCUGGCAGUGAUGGCACGGAUGCUCCGGUACCUUCUGCCAGACGGCAGCAGUGAAAAAAGUCUGUGUGAGGGAUGGAUGGGGUCGUUCACGAUGCUGGUGGCUUUGCGGAUGCAGCGUGUGGUGUAGAUGUCCAUGAUGGAGGGGAGAGAGACCCCGAUGAUCUUCUCCGCUGUCCUCACUAUGCGCUGUAGGAUCUUGCGGUCGUAGGCGGUGCAAUUCCCAAACCAGGCGAUGAUGCGGCUGCUCAGAAUGCUCUCCACAGUCCCCCUGUAGAACAUGGACCUUCUAGAAGGACACACAUACAAAACAAUAAAUACAGGAUUAUACAGAGAUAGUCUUGGAGGUGGUGAGUCUAUUUUACCAGCUGCCAUGUUUUUGUUUAUAACAAGAUUUAAAAAGGCAAACAUUCUGUUAAAUGAUUAAUAAAUACAAAGACUGAGUUCUAUCGAAACGCAUUAAAGUGAGUGUGGUGACGUAUUUGUAGAUGCUCUAUUCGAUAAGGUGCCCUGCGAUGGACUGGCAAUCUGUCCAGGGUGUAUCCUGCCUUCCGCCCAAUGACAGCUGGAAUAGGCUCCAGCACCCCCCACGACCCAGAGGGGAGAAAGAUAAUGAUCCUCUGUUGAAGAAAAUGAACAGUUUGUCUCUUGUGGUGGCAAUAGUGCUGUCCUCAUUACUGGUCAAACAUGGAGCAUCUGAUGAUGGCCCUCUGAUACAACAGACCUCUGACACAAGCCAGCCCACACUGAAGAAGCACUACACUUUAAACGAGACUUCCCAUGAAGAUACUAUGAAUGCUACUGUAGCGCCAAUCCAAAAUGCCACCAAAGCUCCUGAGGGUCUCUACAACUCUACAAAUGCUGUGGAGAGUUCAGAAAGUGGGAUAUCAGGCAGCGGGUCCUGGGUUUGGGUGGUCUGUGUCAUUGUGGUCAUUCUACUUCUCAUUCCUGUAAUCUUGCUACUUGUGCCAAGCUUCAGGCAGAGAAUGAAGUUUUUCCCAGCCAGUGCCUCCACAGGGAUGAGUGCCCUUCAGGAAAUGCCUCAAACAAAACAGGAUGCGACAGAGAUCCAAUGGGACCUUGCCUGGAUGGAGAUGGCCAAUUUGCUGGACAAACAGCAUUAUCCUGGCAGCUGACCAGGGUCUUACUAAAGAAAUCCCAAUACAACACUGCAGAACCUCAAUAUGUACAUCGACUGGCCACUUCAUUAAAACUACCUCUUUGUUUUUACUCUCACUGUCUGUUUUAUCAGCUCAACAUACCUGAUAGAUGCACUUUGUAUUUCUGCAAUUACAGACUGUAGUUCAUCUACAAACUCCAGCAGUGCUGCUGCGUCUGAUCCAUUCAUACCAGCGCAACACAGACUCACGUCACUGUCACUACAGUGCCGAAAAUGAUCCACCACCCAAAUGAAACCUGCUCUUUGCUGGUCCUGUGGGGGCUCUGACCAUUGAAGAAGCUGAUAAAAUGGACAAUGAGUGUAGAAACAAGGAGGUGGUUUUAAUGAAGUGGCUGGUCAAUGUAUGGUACAUAGGAUACUGAGAUCCACAUGUCGUUGCUAAUGUGUGAAUUUCUUCAAACUGCAUGUGGAUGUUCAGAGAUUUUAGAAAGUGAAUGAGAAUCCAAAGCUAUUCAUUUCAAUCAUGGCGUGGAGCAGUGGUUCUUAGACUGGUCCUCAGGACCCCCUUGGACAGUCCACAUUUCAGUCAGUCAGGUUCUCUCGGCCUGUUUUUGUGAUUGUUGUGGGCUGAAACGCUUUAAUUAAGGCUUUUGUUUUUGAUACAUUUUGAUAAAUAUUUUAUCUGUAAUAUUCCUUGGCAAAUGUCAUCAUCCCUGCAUUAUCAAUGGCUUCUCAGCAUGUAGCACCAAAGAUUACAAUAAAUGCGAAAGAAUUUAUACAAUUUAUGUGUUUAAUGCAGAAAUAAUGCCGUGAUUAGAAACAUUUAUGAGCCCUUGCAACCUUUGCUAACGUUUAUUCGUGAUCAGAAUUCCCGGAGGGAAUUUUCAAAAUCCCUGUGAACUGGGAUCCAGGUCAGAGCAAAAAUAUAACCCAUCUGUGGACCGGUUUGAGAACCACUGAAUCAGAGGACUUUUGGUUGUUAAACUGUUGACAUCUAUCAGUUGGCAAAUGUGUUGAUCCUCUAAAAUAAAAGGCAUAUGAGCUGUUACAUUAA